AUGCGGACGGCAUCGACCCGCGCGUUGACAAAGUCCAGAUGCCUCUUGCCCCAACCUCACACCCCAGUGUCUCAGAGAAGAUCCCGUGUACGCCAGCGCUUCGACCUCUCAGCAGCCUCUCGCCGUAUCACUACCUCCUCGGCUCCAGCAUGGAGUCUCAGAGACCUUCCUGGAGUCUCGGAAGAGACGUCACCGUUGAUCUGUCAUCUGACCUCAGAUAACCCCUACCAUAACCUCUCGAUCGAACACUACUUUCUGACGCAUUCGCAUCCCGAAUCUCACAUUCUUCUAUUCUACACAAACAGGCCCUGCGUCGUCAUUGGCCGCAACCAGAAUCCGUGGCUCGAGACGGACCUGAACAGCCUACGACGGGGACUCGCCCCUGAGCUGGAACAGGAACAAGCUACAGGGUCUAUAGACAAGGGGAAGUCCCGAAACGGACAGCUUCACGGUCAAGCGAAGCUUGAAGACCAGCAAAACGGAAUUGGCGAUGGAAACUCGACACCGGUCGACCUCGUGCGCCGACGGAGCGGAGGCGGGACUGUCUUUCAUGACUCGGGCAACCUGAACUACUCGGUGAUCGUGCCCAACUCGAAAUCCUUCAAGCGCAGCACCCACGCUGAGAUGGUCGUGAGGGCGCUCUCGCCGGCAGCCGCAAGCUACGGGUUCGGCGCGAUCCGCGUGAACGACCGUAACGACAUAGUAAUGCAGGAGCAGCAGCAGCAGCAGCAGCACCGCAGGACCGGAGCAGCCCCGGAGCCAGCAGAGUCCAGAUGGCUCAAAGUCAGUGGGAGCGCGUAUAAACUUACAAGAGGCCGGGCGCUCCACCACGGCACCCUGCUCUACUCCAGCCCGUACAUCCACAGGAUCUCAGAGCUCCUGAGGAGUCCAGGCAGGGACUUUAUCACUGCGAAAGGCGUCGAGAGCGUGCGGAGUCCAGUGGGGAAUCUCGUCUGCGCCGCGGACGGGCAAUGGACUAGGGAGAGCGUUCGAGAAGACAUCACCCGACGCAUCGCCCGGGAAUUCUGGCGCAUGUACGGCGCCGAUCGGACGAGGGCGGCCGGCAUCAACGAGAUCACGCUGGGGUCGGAGCAGUGCGUCGUCGGCGCGGACGGAGACCCCCCAAGCGAGAUAGCCAACGGCGUCCGCGAACUCAUGUCGAAUGCGUGGCGGUUCGAACAGACGCCUCGCUUCGACUUUGCGAGUGGCAUGCUCGAUGGCGCCGAGGUGUUUUUGACUGCCAACCGCGCCGUGUUGGAGCGUCUGGCCGUGCGGAAGCUUGGCGAAGAACAACUGGUUGAAUGGGCCAAGGCCGAUUUUGGGCGCGAGAUCAAGCUGCACGACCUGCGGAGUUGGCAGUCUUUGAUUGGUGGCAGUGGUAGACAGACGGGUAAAAUUGACGAUGACGAAGGUCCAAGGGUAGAAGAAGGUGUUGGCGUUGGCGUCUCUGAUGCCCUCGUAAAGCGAGUCGGUGCCGUUUUCCCACAAUGGCCUGCUGUCGACUGUUAG